AUGGUGCUCGACUUUGUGGGUCCUGAUCUCACGGACGAUGUCCUUGACUUGCCUUCACUAGAUGUUGCUACUGCUGGCGUCCCAGGCUAUCCUGAACUGCUAUGGGACAAUUCAGCGGCACUUCCUGGCUAUUCCGCCGACGGCGCAGUCACAGAACGACACAAUGGUCCAGGAAUAGAAGAACUGGAUCUCUCGGUAUAUGGAUUCGUUUCAGAUGCCUUGCCGGCAAGUUGCUCUGACGGGUCAGUCGUCAACGAUACAGCGCUCGCGGCAACAGUAGAUGGAGAAGUGCCAUCUGCAUGUUUCCCAUGUUCUGUGUCCAUGGAGGUCAUGGUUUCAGCAACGACUUCGGAGUUGAAGCUCUCUUCCAUCAGCAGCAGGCCGCCGAAAACGAAGAAAGCCCGGCAGCUGCCAGCGAGAGCAGUCAAAACGCUACGGUCUUGGUUCUAUACCCGACUAGAUCACCCAUAUCCUAGCGAACAAGAUAAGCAAGAGUUACAGGAACAGACCGGGCUGGAUAAGACGCAAAUAUCCAACUGGUUUGUCAACGCCCGACGGCGCAAACUGUUCAAGAAGGAUCAUCUGGUAGAUGCAGCCAUCGACUCUCCUUUAUCACCGCUGGAACGAUGGAAGAACUCCCCACCGGAGACCGAAGCGGCCGCAACAUCUGAUAUCCUGCGAGCAUUAGAGGAUACUACGUACCAGUCCGAUAGCAGCAUGGCAUACUCUGCGGCUUGCAUCACCGGCUCGAGCAAUGGCUCAAGCAGCUCAUUUAUAAUAGGGGCACCUUCUAUGAGUAGUUUUGACCUCAGUCACUCCUCGAAUUCGGAGGCCUCACUCAGCUAUCCACAUACAGCUUUCGAACGGCCAUCCACCCCGAUGCCUAGAAAUACUGCUCAACGUCGACGCCGAAGACCACUACAUGUCAUGAAAGCUCGGAACAAGGAAAUCAGGCAGGGACGGCGCCCAUAUCAAUGCACGUUCUGCGCAGACUCGUUUCGUACCAGGUAUGACUGGCAGCGUCAUGAGAAGGCGCUUCAUCUACCAGUCGAGCGAUGGGGGUGUGCGCCGGAAGGCGGCAUUGUCGAGUGUGAGGGAAUCCGGAUUUGCGUGUUUUGUCAAUGCCCUGUUGUUGAUGAUGAUCAUCUCGAGGAGCACAACUAUUCCUCUUGUCGAGAGAAGACACCGGAGCACCGGACAUUUACCCGCAAAGAUCAUUUACGGCAGCAUCUGAAACUAACCCAUAACACUAGCUAUCAUCGAUCGAUGAGUCAGUGGGAAUCGAGUACAACGCACUUGGUAUCGCGGUGUGGUUUUUGCGAUACCACUCUUUCCACGUGGGAUGAGCGCAUAGACCAUCUAGCAAAUCACUUCAAGAACGGCGCCGACAUGACUCAAUGGAAGGGAGAUUGGGGCUUCGAACCGGACGUCCAGCAAUUGGUCGAAAACGCCAUGCUGCCCUAUCUUAUCGGUCAUGAGCGAAAUACAAUGGACCCCUGGAAGUCCUCGGAUAUACAUACAGAAAACAAAGGCGAAGAUGACGAGCCAUUGUGGAGCAGCAAUGCCAUCCCAAACGCGUUCAACCGCUACACCGAUCUCCACCGUGAACUCGUAGCUUAUAUUCAGGAGCAGAUUGCUACAGGUAUAUAUCCUUCGGAUGAGAUGCUCCAGGAGAGAGCGCGUUUGAUUUCCUUUGGCGGCAAUGAUCCUUGGGAUCAGACCUACGCCGAUUAUGACCCCAUGUGGCUGGCUGCUGUCAAGUGCGAAGCUGGACUUGUAGGUUAG